AUGGGUGGAAAAAUUAAUUCUUCCAUUAAUAGAGGUAAUGCUCCAUAUGUUUUCAGACAUAGUGGUCAAAAUUACCAUUGUAUGGGAAGUCUUUUACCUAUAGAUGGAUCCAAACCAAAUUUUUCGCAACUAUACAUAUAUGAUACUGAAAAUGAAGUUUCAAAUAGACAACACGCUUUCAGUACACAAAAAAAAGGGGGCAAAUCAACUUCUCAUUCUCUUGAUAUUGAAAUCAUUAGCUUUUUGAAGGAAGAAGGCAACAAGAUGGAAGAACAUAUAACUUACCUAGCUACUGCUUCUGAGAUUGCUGCUUUAAUUGUUGGUGACAUUGGUGAUACAAUUAAUAAUAGAGAUAUCAUCCAAAAAGUUCUUAGAUGCGAAUCUUAUGCAAAUUUAAGAAGCGUGCAAAGUCAUGCUAAUAAUGAUAUUUCCAACUUCGAAAAACUUGUUAUCUUGCCUUCUUCUUUUAUGGUUGGUGCACGCUACAUGAUGCAAACCUAUUUAGAUGCCAUGUCGUUUUGUAAGUGGUUUGGAUACCCAUACUUUUUCAUAAUUGUAACUUGCAAUCCAAAGUGGCCUGAAAUUAAAAGGUUUCUUGCUGACACCACGCUUAAUCCCGAAGAUAGGCCUGAUAUCCUUUAUAGAUUAUUCAAAAUUAAGUUGGAUUCUUUGAUUAAAGACUUAAAGAAGAAGCGGUUAUUGGGUUUGAUCCAAGCAGUUGUUUAUACGGUGGAGUUUCAAAAGCACGGUCCUGAUCAGGCUACUGUUGAAGUUGUACAAAACAACAACGGAGAUGAUAAUGAUGAUGCUCCAGUUGAUGAAAUAAAGAACUACUAUUAUUGUAGGUAUUUGUCUGUAUGUGAAGCUUCGUGGCGUAUAUUUGGAUUUGAUGUUCAUUACAAAUAUCCUUUAGUUGUAAGGCUUCCGUUCCAUCUUCCUGGAAAACAAAAUGUUGUAUACCAAGCAAAUGAUGAUACUGAAGAUGUCAUCAACAAACAAUUUGUUUCUUCUUCGAUGUUCUUAUCUUAG